UGUACACAAAGAUCUCCAGUGCUUGUUGAUACUAUCACAUGCAUUUCUGACUUGGGGCAGUCUCAGGAUGUCAGUACUUUACAAACUUCUACCGAAGUGAACGGUGUGAUGCCGUACGUUGCUCCCGAAGUAUUAUGUAUACGACCAUACACUAAAGCCGCAGAUAUAUACAGUUUUGGAAUGAUCAUGUGGGAAUUCACCUCUUUUCAAUUGCCAUUUUACGAACGUUCACGUGAUAUUGAUUUAGCAUUUAGUAUUUGUGAUGGUUUACGCCCAAAGCCUAUUGAGGGAACACCGCCCUGCUAUAUAGAACUAAUGCAACAAUGUUGGAAUUCUGAUCCAAAAAAACGUCCUACAGCAGAAUACAUAGCAAAUACGUUGCAAGGCUGGUUCGAAGGUUCAAAUGAGAACAUUUCGAAUCAAUUUAAAACCGCUGACGAAUUUAAUUCAGUUAAUCCCGUACGAGAAAAUUCACAAUCAGUUCACAAAUCAGCCAUUUAUACUAGUCGCCUUUUACCAACUAUUCCUAUUGCCAAUAAUUACAGUACGCGUCAAUUCGAUUUUAUACUACCCGACGAAAAUUAAAUCAUGUGUUACAAAUUGUUAAGUUUACAAAGUCUCGGAGGAAUGAACAUGUAACCUUAUACAAAAAUAUAUGUGUAUACGUAUAAUUAAUAUAAAUACAACUCACUAUAUGUCGAAUCAAGCUCUAUAGUUUAAUUCGAUAAAUGUUUGAAUUUC